CUCUUCUUUUCCUUUUUCAUAAUUCAAUUUUAAGAUGCCCUCGGAAAAAUUCAACACUGCUGCUGAAGAAGUUCAUAAGCUUUCCUCUACACCCUCUCAAAGUACUCUCUUAGAACUUUAUGGUCUUUUUAAGCAAGUUACUGUUGGUGAUAAUGAAACUUCUAAACCCGGUGUUUUUGAUCCUAAGGGUCGUGCUAAAUGGGAAGCCUGGAACAAAUUGAAGGGUAUGUCCCAAAACGAAGCUGAAGAGAAAUAUAUUGCUCUUGUUGAAUCCCUUAAGGGUAAUUAAAUAAAGCGCUAUUCCCCCCCUUUUUUUUUGAUAAAAUAAAAAAUGGAUAAGCAGAUAUAAUUGCAUUAUUUAUACUGCUAUUAUGGAAUA